AUUAAGAUUGCGAAAAGUGUUAAAAUUGUCCCGUUGUUGGUCUGUCUAAUAUUAUGACUGGCUGUUUUUUCGCGCCGGUAUUCGCGUUCUAGGUCAGUGGCCACACCUCUUUCUUUCAUUCGGAUUGGCGGCAGUCGCUGGAGCCUGCAGGACGCUUGGCAGCUCAACAAUGUCCCUGCCAACUUUAUCCUCCGAUGAGCUGAUCCAAACGUUGAUAGAAGGUGGUUUAACUAUGACAGAUGGAGAAGCGCAGAAAUUCAGAGAAAAUGAAGUUGAUGGAGAGACGGUACACCUGGGCUUAACUGACUCAAUGCUAGACCAUCUAUUCAAAGGCUCGUUUAAAAAGCAGGCCAAGUUCCUUCAAAUAGUACGACAGAUGCAGGAGCCUGGACACGGAGAGGCCUGUUCCACUCAAAGCAACACACAACCCAACACGGGUAGAGGCUGUCCCGUAACAGCUACUCACAGCACAGAUGAGAUGUACACAGAGGAGAUGCACACAAUUACAUUUCAAGUGCUAGAUGUUGAUGCUGCUACGAGAACUAGUUCUCAGUCUGUUGGGAGACUGCCCGAUGUUUAUGUCCUCACAUCAUUCCCUAAAGAGCUUCAAGCAAAGCUGGAUGCCAAAGAAGAGGUCCAGAGAGUUCCACAAUACAGGCACAAAAUAAUACGAGUAUUGCAUGAGACUGUUGCCAUGUAUACUAUGUAUCCCACUCACGCAGAAUAUGUCAAGGUAGCCCAGGCAUUAAUCCGGAAAUACCCAUUCCUGAAGGAUGUUACGGGAAAUGGCUAUCAUACCUGGCACAUGUCGCUGAAACGCAAAUUCAAGACCGAACGCGCUCCGCUUGUCCAAAAUGAUGAAGUGAAACUGAUCAAAGAGAAGUUUGCCCAUGGAAAGAAGUGCAAGCAACCUGACGCUGAGAGUCCAAACACCUGUCUGAGAACCAAGCCACGAUCAGAACUUGAUGUUCUUGGGGAAGAUGCAUCUUCAAUUGCUGGUCAUGUAAAGAUUCUACAAACACAAUACAGCAAGGCGCAGCCAGACACUGUGAUUGUACGCGACCUAAUGCAGAGAACCUUUGCAUGGAGGCAAAAUGAGAUCGCAGAAGGAAUGAGUGUUGAGGACACUAUGAAGAAAUAUCCCUUCUUAAAGACACCCUCAGGGCUGUUGGAGGAGGUGGGUCGUAUCCACUCCACAGCGAGCAUUAGCUUCACUGAUGGCUUUAACCAGAUUGUUCCCAAAGUGCUUGCACUGGCUCAAGGAAAAUCUCCACUAGCCAAACAGUACUUGGAGGCCAGAGAAGAAGUGCUCACCGAGGAUCUACCAGGAAUGGACUUCAGAGCGGCGCUCAUCCUCCUGCCAAUCAUUUUUAAAGAGAGUGUGGAUCAUCACAUUAUGAUGGGAGAGGGUGAACCCAACACACCAUACCCAAUUGUCCAGGUGGCUCAAGAAGACUGGAAGUCCACAUUUGGGGGACGAAGCUCCUGUUCCCUGAAGGUAGACGGGGUCGAGGUGUGUGAAGGCAUGAAGGUAUCGCGGUCGUACGCCUCCCUGCAACAAGGGUCUUGUGGCCUUGAGCUGAGGCGGCCUCUCACACCCGCUUCGAAUGAGGUCACUCUGUCGUACUACCUGGGGGGUCUGCACACUUUUUAG